GGUAAUCGCUCUGUCUUUAAAAUCUUUGUCUUAGUAUGAAGCGUCAUCAUAGAGAGGAGUCGUCAUCUCGUGCCAAGAAGGCUCGUGCCCCUAGUAUAUCGGACGAGGAAAAUACCAAUGGGUGCAUCAACUCUUCAAAGAAGUACAAAAGUCCUCCCAGAAAGGCUUUGUUAAGACGUCCUUCGCGUGAAGACAAGUCAGAUGAGAAGUAUGACCAUCAUGGUUCGAGACAAACAUUCUUACUUCGUCCUAAUCCUGCAGCGAAGUUUGUCAAUAGCAGCAAUUCCAGCCGCUCAUUUAAUAACCCCAGGUAAUUUGUCUGUGGUGUAUCUAGUUUGCGUGAGUUCCGAGUACUCAAUCGUGUUAGUACCUGUUACUAACACUUUGGAUUUCGGUCAUCAUGUUCAUAUUUCAUACCAUUACGUAUUUAUGUGGUUCACUCAUUUUGCAGUCGCUAUUGUGUCAUUUAAUUAUUGUAUUACAAUCCCAAUAUCACUCAUAUUCAUCAUCCAUAGUACAUAAGUUUUAUCCUCAUAAUGGGUUUUAAUUUUUCUGUGGUGGAGCAUUUUGUAAGCAAUUAUGUCCUUUAUUCAUGAAAAUGAUGCAGAUUUUCGCUUGGUAGCAGCUACAGUUAUUUUUUUACUUGUCGGAUUGAUGGAUAUUAACGGUCCAUACAUUAAAUGCAUUUUAAAUUGCUCAAAUGACAUUUGGUUACAUCAAUUCUUAAUGGAGAGAAGCCAAUUGCAUUUCAUAUAUAUAUAAUCGACAUGCCUCGAAUGAUAUGCUCUAAUCAUCCAUAUUCAGGUUUUUUAAUCUUAAAAACCGAGGAGAUAUUCGUCUCGGGCAUUUAAAUUAUGUCGUUUACUCAUCCAUGCUUGUUAUAAUGUGUCCGCCAAAGUGUAGGCCACAUUUUCUCGAAAAAAAUGAAAUUUUUGGUCAUGUAAAAUCAUAUUUUGAUUAUCAUGAAUCUCUCAAGUUAUCUUAAUGAGUUUGUUCCUGCAGAACAUCAUAUGAUCAUGAAUACCUACAAUCUUUGCUGUUACCCACAUGAAAUGGUUGUCCUGCAUUUAUCACAACUAAUCUGCACAGUUGUCACAAUCGACUUAAGGCACAUGCAAUAUCAUUUGAAAUUAUUCACUAUCUAAUAUCCACCUCGUGUUGCUCGUCCAGCUUAGCUAACAAGUAAUUUCAUAGAUAGUUGCAAUCUAAGUGAAGAAUAAAUAAAAUGUAUUUCAGCGAAAUAAUAUGCACAUGUUCAAGAGUAAUAAGAUUAUAACUAAUAUUUAAAAUGAUCUACAAAAGUUCCUUAAGAAGCAUUCAGAAUUCAAAAGAUGCACUUAUAACAUCUGGAGAAUACUUUGGCCAGUUUCACGACUACUCAAGUUCAAGGAAAUCCUAUGCGCCAUCAAGUACACGACUAUCCAGUCAUUCGUCGAAAUCCUUGGUUAAUUCUUCCAGUCGGGUUAAUCCUAUGUUGGCUGCAAGUCUUGCAUCAUCAGGGAAAUUACCAAACCUUCCAAUUCCUCUUGGCUCUAAAGGGGUUGCAGCCGUGGCAGCAGCCGCGAUGAACGCAGCCGCAAUGGCUGCAGCAUUAGGUGCCGGAGGCGUGAUAUCAAGCAAACAAAUGUCACACAUAACUAAAGCACUGGAAUCUGCUACUCGGACUAGUCGUGGCCGUCAUGAUUCAUCGUCACAUAGACCUGCUCGGAGUUCCAGUGAUAAGUAUGCAAGUGAAGAUUCAAGAAGCAGUCGUCGAAAAACAACUAGUAAGGAAAAAGAUAUGCUUAGCAUUUUCAAUGCUCGUUACGCUCGUCCAGUAGAACAUCGCAAUCCCGAAGAUGACCCUAAUGCGACAAGAACAUUAUUUCUGGGCAAUUUACCACCAGAUGUCGAAGAACCUGAACUAAGGAAGCUUUUCGAACGUUAUGGUAUAAUUGAAGAUAUUGAUAUAAAGCGUCGUGAACUAGAAACUGGAGCAACCGCGUUCGCUUUUGUUCGAUACCUUAGUUUAGACAUGGCACACCGCGCAAAAGUUAAUUUGUCUGGACAAAUGAUAGGUGAAUACCGAUUCAAAAUUGGUUAUGGAAAAGUUAUUCCUACACGAUGUCUAUGGAUUGGUGGGUUAGGUCCAUGGACAAAUUAUCCUGAGUUCGCAACCCUCGUUAACAGUAUCAGCGCACCUGAAAAAAUCAUCUGGCCAUCUGGAAAAAACUAUGCUCAUAUUCUUUAUAGCGAUAGCGAAUCCGCUGCUGUUGCAGCUGAUCUUUUACGUGGAUAUCCGUUAGGAAAAAGUCAUAAGCGAAUUCGAGUGGACUUUACUGAUGAGUCACAUAUGUUUAGAGAUCCUAAUUGGAAGCGGUUUAAAAGAAAUUCGUCCUCGGAGUCAAGUCCCAGACAUUACUCAUCCAGGAGAUCACUGACGCCUCGAAUGAAACGUGAAGAUUCUCCUUCAGACAAUGCCUACUCUCGUGGUAAUAAUCAUUACUCAAAAUACAAACGCGAUCGAAGAACUUAUGCUGACAGUGACCGCAGUAAUUCUGCUUCAUCAAAUCAUAGACGAGAAUCUGGUCAUAAAUCUAGAAAAGCUACGAAUGAAAGGGCACCUAGACGUAGUCUACGAGACCACUCACUAAGUCGUGAGGCUGACUCAGCGCGUUUCGCUUCACGUUCGCCUUCAUCAUCUAAGUCUCGCAGAUAUUCAUCCUCUUCUUCAAGAUCACCGACAUUAGAAACAUCCACAAACGUAGAACAGAUAGCAUCUUGCCUUCCUUCGGUAUGGGAUGGGGCAUUUUAUCUAAAGUCGAGUAGCUUUCAGUGCAGAAUGCAUAUUUUGAAAGGUGAUAGAAGCCUUGUUGAUCAGUUCAUGUACCAAGGAUCUAAUUCAAAGGCAUCUGCGAAUUCGAACGAAACUCGUCAUACAAGUAAGAAGUCAAACAAGGACAAACGUACAUCAUUAGAUGACAUUGAUUCUAGUGAAUCUCAGGAUGAUGCACAAGAUAGUGUUAAAAGUGAGUGUACAAACAAAGAUCAAGUAGUUUCAUUACGUAUUACUCAACGAAUGAGACUAGACCCGGUAAAGUUAGACGACGUCAGUCAGCGUAUCCAAACAGCCGGUUCCACUGGGUUUUGCGUUCUUUUGGCAGUACCUCCACAUUCUGUUUCGUGCAAUGAAGUUGCAGAUGGCGAUAAGCAACCUCAAAGACCGCUUCGAAAUCUGAUCGGAUAUUUACGUGCAAAAGACUCUGCUGGAGUAGUGCUUUUAAAUCCUGGUGGGCAGAACUCGAAUGAUUCUGCAUCUCCUUCAACUACAGAGGCAACAUCCGGGGUAUUGUACGCAUUCCCACCGUGUGAUUUUGCUUUGAGUCUCUUGCGUGAAAGUGCUCCACGACUAGAAAAAGAUUAUGGCAAAGAUGAUUACCUAGCUAUAAUACUAAUUCGUGGGGCCGGAGUUGUGUAAACAAGACCCGAAAAACCAUGCUUCCUAACCCAUUUAGAACGUUCUUGUCAGCAGCACCGUAUCUCGCUAAUGCGCCACUACUUUGUUGUUCUUCCUGUGCAAAAAAUCAUCUUGGUCACUAAUGUUACGUUGAAUUAUAUUAUAUUUCCUAAAAGAGCAUUUACAAAAAAGCCGUUUGUUUCUGCGCUUGUAUUUCAAAAGAACUAUUUGCGGUUAAUAUACAUAAUGUUCUUUAUACCUUGUUUUUAGUUCACGAAAAGUGCUAAGGAUAUCGAGCUGGUUUAUUGAUAGACUGGGAAUUUACAGUUAAGAGUUUGUUAUUGUUUAGGAAGACAAAGUAUUUCAUCAAUGUAAGAAACUCAAGUCCUCUGUUUGAUUUCUUCAGGAUAAAGUAAUGCAUAGAAUACUCCUUUAGCUUCUUUUAGUUGAUCGAAUGAACCAGAUUCGACAAUUCUACCUCUUGAUAUGAACAAAAUCUGGUCGACUUUUGAUGUUGAAAGUAGUCUAUGGGUAACUAAUAGAUAUGUACAGUCCUGUGGUAGUCCUGUCAAUAAGUUUUGAAUAUAUCGUUCGUUCUCUGGAUCCACUGCAGAAGUAAUUUCAUCCAGAAGUAGUAGUUUUGGUUUACGCACGAGAGCACGCGCUAUUGCAAUCCUUUGCCUUUGACCGGUAGAAAUAUGAGUACCUCCAGGACCAGCUAGCGUGUUGUAUCC